CGUAGGGCCACCAUUGUUGGUGAAGCAUGUGUGUUGUUCGGCUCCAGGUGAAAGAAUGGCUCCGACUGAAAACUUUGUCUCCGAUGUUUGCUUGUUGCUGAGAUACUUUCCGUGUCGGAUUGUCAAACAUGGGGGCCUAGAGUAGGGUUUCGAGGACUUGUAUUUCAGCUGAAGGGCGAUCCUAGGGGUCAAUUAGGCAUUGAUACGCCGGGGUCGGCUUGCCUGGGUUGUUUUGUACAAGUUGGAGGUGAAGAGAGCGGGCAACUCGUGUGGAAGUCGCCGGUUCGAAUCCCAAGAUGAGUUUCUCACUAAAGCCCGAUCCAGAGUUUGAGUUCGGCGUGAACUCGUACGAUGCGUUUAUGAAGAAACACCUGCAACACUACGGUUACUAUACAGGGAGAAAUGAAGGCUACAGGUCCAGCUUCUCGGCCUUCGAGCAGUGGCAGCGGACGCGAGGGUAUCGCGGGGGUUACAGCGACCAUGAUGCCAUGGAUGUGGAUGAGGAAGAUGAGUAUGAGAACCAUGCUCUCGUCAAGACAGUCAAACGGUCAAACAGCGUACAGAAUGUAGAUAACAGACUCUGCGAUGACUUGCUGAGAAAAACCACCCAGAUCGUGUUCCACUACCAGCAUGGCAAGCGUGUGCCGAAGCUGCGUGAGCCUCGGAACCUGUAUGCACUCACCAAGGAGCUGGGGCCGCAGCAGGCUCCUAGGUUCCCUGCUGAGAUGCCGGUCCUGAAGGCUAGAAUAAGGCACAUAGAGUGGACGCCCCCCUUCAGGGAACCCUUCUAUGUACAGACCAACCAGGAGAGGACCCCGAUGGUGCGGGGCAUCGAGGGGGAGGGCAGAGUCGUGUACUUCUGUGAGACACUCAGGGAAGCUUAUUUCAUGCGGUCGCGGGUAGGGGGCAGUCGAGGUCCACUGAAGGACAUCACUGUGAAGUUGAAGGAUGAGAACGACAAGACGCUCAUCUUCGAGUCCAGAUUCGAAAGUGGAAACCUCAUGAAAGCAGUGCAAGUAGGUGAGUUUGACUACGAGCUGUACCUGAGGCAGGACCUGUACACAGACAAGCACACCCAGUGGUUCUACUUCAGGGUACAGAACGCCAAGAAGGGACACACUUACAGAUUCACUAUAGUCAACUUGUUGAAGGGCGGCAGCCUCUACAACAUGGGUCUGAAGCCCCUUAUGUACAGCGAACACGACGCACAUACCAAGAAGACUGGCUGGUUACGAGUAGGGGAAAACAUCAAGUACUACAAGAACAAUGUUAGAAUAAACCUGAGGAGUGACAAAUGUUACUACUCCCUGACCUGGACCUGCUCCUUUCCCAAUGACAAUGAUAAUUACUUCUUCGCCCACUGUUACCCCUACACCUACUCAGACUUACAGGACUACCUCUUGAAGAUGGCAAAUGACCCAGUGCGGUCCAAGUACUGCAGACAGAGGGUUCUGUGUAGAACACUGGCAGGGAACCUGGUGUACGUCCUCACCAUCACUAAUCCUUCCAAGAACCCAGAGGACGCAAAGGUAAAGAAGGCAGUUGUCCUGUCUGCCCGUGUCCACCCCGGGGAGACCAAUGCCUCCUGGAUGAUGAAGGGCUUCCUCGACUACCUCAGCGGCAGCUCUGCCGAUGCAAAGCUUCUACGUGACACCUUUAUCUUCAAGAUUGUGCCAAUGUUGAACCCCGACGGGGUGAUUGUGGGGAACUACCGCUGUUCGCUCGCUGGCCGAGACCUGAACCGCAACUACAAGUCCGUCCUGAAGGAGUCGUUUCCGUCCGUCUGGCACACCAAGAUGAUGGUCAGAAGAUUAUGUGAGGAGAGAGAAGUGAUCGUGUACUGCGACCUGCACGGCCACAGCCGGAAGCAGAACGUGUUCAUCUACGGCUGUGAGAACAGAUACGACCCCGAGAAGAGACUGAAGGAGCGCGUCUUCCCUCUCAUGAUGCAGAAAAAUGCUGGGGAAAAGUUCUCGUACAACGGGUGCAAGUUCAAGGUGCAGAAGAGUAAGGAGGGGACCGGCAGGAUCGUCAUGUGGCACACGGGCAUCAUGAACGCCUACACCAUGGAGGCGACCUUUGCUGGGUCCACAAGGGGUAAGAUGAAGGGGUACCACUUCAACGCAGCAGACUUCGAGGCCAUGGGCUACCACUUCUGCGACACGCUGCUGGAUUACUGCGACCCUGACAGGUCAAAGGCUAACCAGGUACUGCAGGAGCUGCAGGAUAAGCUGCGGCAGGAGAUCCUGCGGAGGAUCGAGCUCUCCGGGAAGGCGCCGCCGGUCGGUGACCCCCUGGAGAUGGAGGCAGAGUUCGGCUCGGACCUGGAGUCUGACACCAGUGGGUCGGACAGCUCUGUGGACGACGGGCUGCCUGUACAUCUACUGGCUAUCGCACCCAAGCUGAACAGAAAGAAGAAGCUGCGUUCAAGGAAAGAGAGAAACAAGAACAGGAACAAGGAGAUCAAGACAAAACCUUCAAAAUCAGAGGAUAACAAGGAACAAAGUGAAGAAAAGAAGAAGCCCAAACCUCAGAGUGCAGACAAGAGACCAAUCAGAACACAGCACAGUGAAGUCCACUCAGCGAGAAAAAGGAGAGACGAUCGGAGCAACAAUGGCAUCCCUGUGUUUGCUGAUGAGAGGGUAGAACUUAGAUCAGCCAGGAAGACUGCUCACCCAGAGUGUACCUGCCAGACUAGUGCAAAAAUCCCAUAUGCCAUGAAGCAAGUCUCACAAGUGGACCUUCCUGGGGAGUUACUCAACCAAGUCAUGGUCAUAUCCUUACAGAAGAGCAAGACGGAUUACCUGGAGGCCAUUACCCAGGCUUACCUCAGGAGCGGAGUCAUGCUGUCCAAUGAACAGGCAAAAGAAGUGCCCCAUUUCCGGUACGCCAGCGGUCAGAAGCACCUAAUCGAGGGCCUCUGUCCGCAGCAUGACCAGAACUUUGCAGCUAACUAUGUCGCCAACCACCUCAGCGACAACUACUCAGAAGGAGAAAACGCCGGCGAGGACCCUGAGAUGGACCCGAUCGCGCCCGUCAUGAGGGACGUGGCCUGUCAGUGGUCACCCACGCAAGCAGAAGAGCCAGUAGAGCACAUGGAGGUGGAGAGGAGACACAAGGAGGAUCCCAACAAGAGACUGAUGUCACAGAAACAUCUGGUCGAACUGUCGGCUAAGGUGCAGAGGCAGCACGAACAGUCCAUACAGGCUCAGAGGGACAGGAGAACCCAGCGAGCACAGAGCCCCAUCAAGCAACACCCCUCCCCGUUUGACGAGGGACAUUCCAAGGCAGCUUCCAGAAUAGGAUCUUCCAUAGACAGAGAACCCAGGUCCAGAGUGGGCUCAGCUACAAUAGUCAGUGUGCAAAGCAGAGCCCCCACUGUGCAGUCCAGAGUCAGUUCUGGAGUGGCCCGAGUAGCGGAGAGGAUCGGCAGCGCCACCUACAGCAUGCCCAAGGGAUCGCAGGUCUUCACCGGGGCGCAGAUUGUGCCACGGGCGAGGAACGUGGAAGAGUCCAGCGACUCCUCAGACACCCACAUCAAAUCCUUCAAGGCAGAAAUAGCCAGUAGCCAACCUCCGCCUAGCGGUGUAGCUCAGUCCCACUAUACUCCCCCGUCCAAGGCAUGGAAGUCCAAACAGUACACAGUCCCCUCCUCCACUGCCAUCACUGAGGUCACCAGACAGGGCACACCUGCUGCUCACCCACCGCGGGCUCCAGACAAGGACCCUGUUACCAUGACGACGGUGCCAGGCUUUGCCUCCAUUCCUGUCAAGAAGGUCGUGCCAAAAGACAUGAAGCCGGAGCCGAAGCCGUCCCCCUCCAAGCCACCCACCCGGCCUGCUGCUAACAGUCCAGACCCGUCAUCAGCCCUGGCCAACAUCGGAGAGCUCAGGAAAUCUCUUGUAGAGCCUCCAGACAGAGCAAAAGUGCAGCCCGAUAAAACACUUGACAGACCCAGAAGAGACACGUAUGUCCGUGAGCUUCAUGCCAGGCACCCAGACUCUGACAACACAGCAACCAAUCAGGAAGCAGAGGAGAGAGAAGAGCCAAUGACCGGAGAGAAGUCCCCUGACCUGGACCCUGCCCACCAGAACCUGGAGUGGCGCCACCGCGACCCCCGCCACCGACCCGGGCCGGAGUUCAUCCCCGUUACCAUGGAGAAGAUCAGCAUGAAGGACCUCGAGAUGGCGCCGAGGAACGCGCCGCCAAGGGAGCGCCCGUUGACGCAGCCGUACCACCCACAGCACCCACACCCCCUGGAGAGGCCACAGGGGCAGUCAAGGGAGGAGAACCCCAAAGUGCACAGCUUUGGGGUGGGGAAGAUGGUCGGACCAUAUAGUAGAGAAAAGCAGCCGGCAGUUUCAGCGAGCAAGCAGCUGACCUCCAGUUACCAGGACAUCGUGUGUCGGCGAGACCGGGAGGGCGCCGCGGCCACGGACGACACAGACGAGCAGCAGGAGUCGCGGGAGAACAGCGGCAGCAGUCAGGAGAGCAGGAAACAGGAGACCAGCGUAGAGAGGGCCAGCACUGUGCCCGUCAGACAGUCAGAGCCAAAUAUCUACUACGGCCGUCUGGCGUCCCCGUCACGCACCUGGCGCAUGCCCACCAUGUUUGACCACCUCCAGCCAGAGUAUCGCCGUCAGGACUUCACCAUCCGACCGGAGCCCAUCUCCAUCCCGUCAUCACGGAAAAGGAUCUCACGAGCCCAGAACAUGAAGUUCCCAUCCGUCCAUGGUUUCUCUUUCAAUCGGCCAAAUGCACCACAGUAGAGGAGAGCAGGACCACCGCACCUCCGGAUUCCUGGGCCAGAGGAAAAUCUACCCUCCACUCCUUAGGUACAAGCAGACCAAGAGGAAAUAACCGGACUCUUGUUGGACCAGUCCAAAAACCAGGUCCAAUAAAAAUCAGUGAACCGGAUUUUGGACCCAUUUAGAAAAUGAACAGAUGAUAUCGGCAUGUCUUUACAUGUUUGGAUGCUUCUUGGUCGAAUGAGAUAACAAAAGUGGAGUAGAGUUCAUAUUAAUCUCUACCAAAUUCUGCCUAUCCCUAUAGAAACAGCAAGAAGUGCAUAUGAUGCAAUACAUAUUACAUUGAAGAUCAACAUACAAAUGUACAUGUAGUAACUGUUUCAUGAGGAAGCAGUUACAAUCCCACUUAACAUGACUUGCAUUUUCAUGGUCACUGAGCCUGAAUUUUGCUUUUUCGGUCCUUUUUUGCAAAAAAUCGAUAUUUUCUAGUCUCUUUGUGGCCACUUACUGUCCUAGCAGUUUCAAUUGCUUGUGGCAAAACCAAGAGGGCAUAGAUAACAUGUAUAUCACUGGGCAUUUGGUCAUGUCUGUAGAACCCCUUGCAGACACAGUGGUGCACUUAUGGGGUUGAUUCAAAAAGUGUGAAUGCAAAGUUUUACAAAUGUUUCUCUUCCAAAGAUAUCCAUGCAGAAACAAGCAGGUUUUUUUAACCAUUUGCUUUUGACACAGUAAAAGUCUAACAGGCCCAAGAGGGCGCCACAAAAGAACUUCAUGUAUCUAAUAAUUGAAUGUAGAUAUUAACCGUUGAGACUUGUGCAAAGUUCAAUCUUCCAUGUUGUAUAGGAAAUAUUUUUAUUACAAUUUGCAGUAAAAGCAAUUAUUGCUUUCAAGGUCAAAUGUUUACUUCAAGGUCAAAGUAUGUCCAAUACUUGUGGAGACCAUGGUGUCGAGGUGCCCACAGCAGUUUACAGAACCGAGGUAACGUUUGCAAGAAAGGCAGUCAGAACAUAACCUUCUCCCUACAUGGUAAUACUUUUGCCAAUACAGAGUAGAACCUGUGUCCUAGAAUGCUGCUUGGUUCGUACUCUGCUUAAAUGCCAAACACAUGAAUAAACUGAAUCAGAAUCAGUAGGUUCUGAGUUCGAUAUUCGCCAUGCCCCUGCCCCCAUGACGGUGGAGUGACGCCCACCGAGCCUCACGGCUAAUCUGUCUAAAGGUGCCAAAAAACACCUACAGAUUUGGUGUGCCAGUGUGUCAACAUCUGCACAUUUGCCACUAAAAACAACAGGUCCCCUGCGAAAACUGUGCCGGGCACUGCUUGUCGGACAUGUUAAGAAAAUUUGCAGUCUCUCAUAGUCAGACAUUGACUGGCUUGUGCUGAAUGAGGCUAGCUCAUUAAUAUUCAUAAGGAACAUGGAUCAAUGGUCCAAACGGAAGGAUAGUUACACUGAGUAUGAGCCAUGCUGAUUUCUAUGAUGUGGGUAUGACUCUGCCUAGGAGGAUGGGAGAGGGUAAAACUUGUGUUACUUACUACAUGUAUGUACCUGGUAUAUGCAGACCUGCUGCUGAAACUAACAUAUCGAGUAAACCCUUCCGCUAGAAAGAAAUAUUAUCAACCUUGACAGUUGGAGGGUUGAUAUCCUAUUCAGCUGCAUGUAAACAUUCUACAUGUUUAUGCAUUAGAGAAAUAAACUUGUAUUGUAUAGAUUAUUGACAGAAAAAAUAUACUAUUCAAUAGUUUUGUAUUGCCAAAUAUCACGCUUGUCCACGUUUGAAAUGUCUUGCCAUUCUAGCAUGAACUAGUCGUAGGGAACAUGUUAUAUAUGUAUAUGCUACAGUUCACGUUCAACUGCAUUGAUCAUUUUUGAUGGUGCAGUUUUUUUAAGCAGGGUCUCUUUGCUGCAAUAAAACCGUCCAUGCUGCAUAAAAUUGUAACUGAGUAUCAGAUGUGUAAAACUUUUUUGAGACGCUUUCAGUUUCUGAAUUGUAUUCAAUGUUAAUCAGAAACUAUUGUAGUUACAAGUUUGUAUAUAGGCUUUCUUGUGUAUAUACUGUAUGUUUACUUUGUGAGAUUUGCUUUCAGCCUGUAUGUUGCUGUUUCUAACAGUUUCCAUGUGAAUCCUUUAAGGUUCAUCCAUUGUUCUAAAUGUUGCAGUUUUUCUCAUGCUUCUCUUCAAACUACGGAGAGAAUAUUUUUGUAACAAGUAAAGAAAGUUGGUCAUUGCAUACUA